AUGUGGAUCGUGCGGGGACCAAGUGCUUUUGCUUCUUGCAGAAACAUCUAUGCUUCUCAACGCCCGAAUUGUCGAUUUCUCGCCACUCGGUCAUAUGAGCCUCUCCGGAUCCUCUUCUGUGGCUCCGACGAAUUUAGUAUCGCUUCCUUGAAAGCUCUCCAUGCCUACCAUCUGAAGCAACCAAGUCGAAUUGCCUCGAUAGAUGUUGUUUGUCGGCCCGGAAAACGGGUUGGUAGAGGCCUUAAGAAGAUUCGCGAAGUCCCUAUCAAGGAGGUAGCAUCGGCUCUCUCGCUACCAAUUCAUGAAAUUGAUACCUUUACAGGAUGGACUCCCCCGGUCACAUCUAAUGGACCCGUCAACCUGAUCAUUGCCGUUUCCUUCGGGCUUUUUGUGCCUCCACGUAUCCUGAAUGCUGCCAGCUAUGGAGGGUUGAACGUGCACCCUUCUUUACUUCCAGACUUCCGUGGCCCAGCGCCGUUGCACCAUACUCUUUUAGCUGGUCGAAGCACCACCGGAGUAACUUUGCAAACGUUACAUCACAAGAACUUCGAUCAUGGCACAAUUCUCUCUCAGACUCCAUCGCCUGGGUUUGAAAUCCCCAGCUCCGGUUCUUGCACUGUCCCCGAGUUGGUGGGUCUAGUUGCACCCCAGGGAGCUGAAAUACUGGUGAAUGGCAUUGAAAACGGCCUGUUCGUGCCGCCAGUUGAAAACGCCGGAUGGCGUGCCUCUGAGGGCACCGAUGAUCUCAUCCAUGCUGGUAAAAUCAAGCCAGAGGACCGACACAUUGAUUGGACGAAUUGGUCACUUCUUGAUAUCAACCGACGCAACACAGUUCUUGAGUCUUUGUGGAGCAAAGCACUUAUUCCUGUCAGCUCCACAGAUGGACCUGUAACUUUCACCCACAAGCGUGUGAUCUUGACUGAGAUUGAAGAAGUCGAACCGCCCAAGGGAAGCGAUUCUUUCUCGGUCGUUCCAGGGCUGCCAUUUGCAAAUGCUGCCCAUCCCGUCGAACCGAAGAAGGGAAGAGCCCUGUAUGUCUUUGCCAAAGAUGGGAAGCUCCUACGCAUCAACAAGAUGAAAGUAGAGGGAGAGCCGUCAGCUGAUGGGCUUCGUGCUGCGAUUAAGGCGCGCAUGUUUGGUGAUCAGUCAUUCCAAUCGGGAGGCAUGGACUUUACUCCUUUCCGCAAUCCUCUUUCCUGA